UGGCGGAGCUAGUACACUCUAGCGGAGCGGCGCCGUUUGGCUGUGGUUUGGCCAGGUGUUCUGUGGUUUGGCUUUUGGCGGUGUUCUGUGGUUUGGCCACCUCUGGUGUUCUGUGACCUCUCCACCGUGGCCUAGAGGUAUUCAUGCAAAUGGAUGUGAGCAGAGUAAGCCCAGAAUGGAGAAAACGAGUCCGUUCUGAAUACAUGCGACUCAGGCAAAUAAAACGCUUCAAGAGGCAUGAUGAAGUCAUGGCGGCAUACAUGACCAACAGGCGCUUCAUUAUUGAAACAGCAGCCCUCUUGCAAAAGCAACAGACGGAGACCAAGGCCAUUCCUCUUUUUCCUACUGACAUGCCAGCUCACGUUCCUGUUAUGAAAAAGUGUGAAGGAGAGUUGGCAGAUGGAACCAAGCAGGUAGCACCAAUGCGCAUAAUGUACGCUGUCAAUCCUAUCCCAACCAUGUACACAUGGGCACCUACUCAACAGAAUUUCAUGGUGGAGGAUGAGACUGUACUGCACAACAUUCCCUACAUGGGAGAUGAGAUUCUGGACCAAGACGGCACCUUUAUUGAGGAACUGCUGAAGAACUAUGAUGGCAAGGUGCAUGGGGACCGAGAUGCGGGGUCAGUGAAUGACGAACUUUUUCUUGAACUGGUUCAUGCUCUCAUGGCCUAUGAUGAUGAGCCAGGAAGCAGCAACCAAGACAAAUAUGACGACAAAGGGUCACCAACAGACUUCAUAUUUACUGCCAUCUGCUCUGUGUUCCCUGAUAAGCGAUCACCACAAGAAUUGAAGGAGCGGUACCGGGAGUUGAUGGAGAAAGUAAACCCACCCACUGUUCCACCUGAAUGCACACCCAACAUGGAUGGACCAUUCGCUCAGUCGGUACCUCGUGAGCAAAGCAUGCACUCUUUCCGGACUCUUUUCUGUCGACGUUGCUUCAAGUAUGACUGCUUUUUGCACACAAAUAGAGGGAUGGAUAUUCCUCCAGCAUUCCAUCCAGCACCAAGUCAGUACAAGCGGAAAAGCUGUGAUAUGAAGGUGGACACUGAGCCAUGUGGAUCACAUUGCUACCUCCAUUUGGAUUCUGUGAAGGCAAGGCUGCAAGCAAAACUCAAGGAAGAAAGGGAGUCAUCAGAGCAACGCAAGAUGCAGAAGCAGAUUUCCAUGGACAGUGGGAAUGAAGCAAGUGGUGAAGAUAGCAAUGACAGCACACGUACAAAUAGCAAAAAGAGUGACAGCUCCGAGAAAGACCAAGACAAACCAGCACAAAUGACUGUCAACAGCUUGUCAGGGAAAUCAUUCGAUGGCAAAGCGGCUCGCCUACUUGCAUCACUUGAACCUGUAGUGCAGCCAUCACAAGAGGAACUUCAAGAAGAGUGGUGUGCAGCUGAGCAAUCACUCUUCCGUGUUCUUUGGCGUGUUUUUUAUGGCAACUACUGUGCACUUGCCACAGUCAUCCUUACCAAGACCUGUGCACAAGUAUAUGCCUUUGCACAGCGGGAACUUGCUGAUCUUCCGCCUGAAGAGCAUGUACAUGACAGCACACCACCUCGUAAGAAGAAGAAAAAACAUCGGCUGUGGUCUAUGCACUGUCGCAAGAUCCAACUGAAAAAGGACAGUUCCUCUAAUCACGUGUACAACUACACUCCGUGCAACCACCCAGGCCAAGCUUGUGACCAGAACUGUCCCUGUGUCAUGGCUCAGAACUUCUGCGAAAAAUUCUGCCACUGCAACUCGGACUGUCAGCAACGAUUCCCAGGGUGCCGCUGCAAGGCACAGUGCAACACUAAGCAGUGUCCUUGUUACCUGGCUGUGCGAGAGUGUGACCCUGAUCUGUGCCAGACUUGCGGAGCUGAUCAGUUUGAUGUCCAAAACAUUUCCUGCAAAAAUGUGAGUGUACAGAGGGGCCUGAGAAAGCACCUGCUGCUGGCACCGUCCGAUGUUGCUGGCUGGGGAAUAUUCUUGAAGGAGACAGCUCAAAAAAAUGAAUUCAUAUCUGAGUACUGUGGAGAGAUCAUUUCACAAGAUGAAGCCGAUCGUAGAGGCAAAGUGUAUGACAAGUACAUGUGCAGCUUUCUCUUCAACCUGAACAACGAUUUUGUUGUGGAUGCCACUCGUAAAGGCAAUAAGAUUCGGUUUGCCAACCAUUCCAUUAACCCAAACUGCUAUGCCAAAGUGAUGAUGGUGAAUGGAGACCACCGCAUUGGCAUUUUUGCGAAACGUCACAUUCAGUCUGGCGAAGAGUUGUUUUUUGACUACAGAUAUGGGCCUACUGAACAGCUCAAGUUUGUUGGCAUUGAGAGAGAAUUGGAAUUCUUGUAACUUUCACUGCCAGUUUUGUUGACCCUUGCAUCUCUUGUGUAGUCACUCUGCAAAUACCUUCUAAACAAAUGGUAUUCAUGACAUAAUUAUGGUAUGGUACGCACAAUUUUGUCUUGCUUUUUUGCCUGAGACCUCUGAAAUUUUUGUUUUUGAUGACGCUGUGUGCUACAUGGCUGAAUUUCAUCCAAUAAAUGCACUUCUCUGCUGUU